UUUUAUUUUCUUGCAUACAGAAGCAUCUUUCUUUCGUCGCCCUUAUAUUUGGUUUGUUUUCGUCUAAACAUCCAUUCACUUCAUAGAUUCCCUCCAAGAAAGACAAACAGAGAGAAGGAGAGAGUAAGAUUCUAAUCGGAAGAAGAUAUGGACGGAGGCACGGAGAUGUACGGUGGACUUGAGACGAUGCGGUACGUAAGGAGACAUCAUCAACAUAGCUGCAGAGAAGACCAGUGUACUUCUGCUCUUGUCAAACACAUCAAAGCUCCUCUUCAUCUCGUGUGGUCAGUGGUGAGGAGAUUUGAUGAGCCGCAGAAAUACAAACCAUUUGUGAGCAGAUGCACAGUGAUCGGCGAUCCUGAAAUAGGCAGCCUCAGAGAAGUUAAUGUCAAAUCUGGCCUCCCUGCAACUACAAGUACCGAGAGACUGGAGCUUCUCGAUGAGGAUGAACACAUUCUCGGUAUCAAAAUCAUUGGUGGUGACCAUAGACUUAAGAAUUACUCUUCGAUUGUGACAGUUCAUCCAGAGAUAAUUGAAGGAAGACCAGGAACAAUGGUGAUUGAAUCGUUUGUAGUUGAUGUUCCUCAAGGAAACACAAAGGAUGAGACCUGCUACUUUGUGGAAGCGCUCAUAAGAUGUAAUCUGAAAUCACUGGCACAUGUUUCUGAAAGAUUGGCUUCUCAGGAUAAUAUCACUAGCUUCUCAACAUAAUCAAUGGAGGAGGAGGAGGAGGAGGCCAGUGAAAGUGAAAGUAUGGAUUUUGUGUGUGAUAUUAUUAUUCAUCAGGAAUUUAUGUUUUGGUUUGGUCUUAUGUAGAGACUUUCCAAGAUGCGUGUGUUUGUGUGUGAUAAUGAUCCCUCAGUUUCUUAGAAGAUAUAUUCUCCAAUGGUGAAGAAGUUUUGAUGUAAAAAGUUAUAUGUCUUCGGGUGGUAGUUUGUGACUGUUGUUUUAUUUGUAGAUACUCUUGUAAAAAAGAAAAUAACGUAAAUGCAAACCUAUGUUUAUAUACUAGUAUAAUA